AUGGGCACUGGCUCACUAACCGUGGCAGGCAUUGGCACUGGCUCGCUAACCGUUGCAGGCAUGGGCACUGGCUCUCUAACCAUGGUCGCUACUGCUGGCUGUGGCAGGGAAUCGACCAGCAGAAACAGGAGAGGAAUCAGACUGAAGAUGUGUUGUAACGCCACAGGAUCAUUAUACCUGACCAAACACAACACAGCUGUCAAUCAGACGAUCCCAUAUGAAACCAGCAGAAAACACACACACACAGUGGACGCGGCACUUCACACAUUGUUGCCUGAGGAUUUCCCCUGGAGUGGACGUGGUUUGGGUCAGUGUGCUGUUGUGGGCAGUGGAGGGAUUUUGAAGAACAGCAGUUGUGGACGCCAGAUUGACAGCGCAGACUUUGUCAUACGGUUUAAUUUGGCUCCGGUUAAUGACAGUGAUGUUGGACUGAAGACAGACCUGAUCACUAUAAACCCCAGUCAGAUUCGCAAACAAAACCUGCAGAAUAUUCCUGGUCUGUUUGCAGAGCGUGUCAGCGUUUACGGCAACUCCUCCCUCAUUCUCCCCGCCUUCGCCUACACGUAUGACACUCAACUGUCAAUCAAAUCUCUUAAAGCCCUUCAGCCAAUCAGACCUCAGCAGCAGGUCGCGUUCUUCAGCCCAGACUUCCUGCGGACACUGGACCUUCCCUCUCAAUAA